UUAAAAAAAAAAAGGAUGACGAGGCGGUGACAAGGAGGAGAGCGAGGUUACGAGGAGAAGAGAUGGGGGAGGAGGUGAGGAGGAGGAGGAGGAGGAGAAGGAGGACCCCGCCAUUUUAUAUUUCAAAAGAAAAAGAAAGAAAAAGGUGACGAGGCUGUGAUGAGGAGGAGAAGAGACGGAAGAAAACGACAAGAGAUGGAAGAAGAUGGAGGACAAGGACGACGAUAGAUGAAGGAGGAGGAGGAGGAGAGAUGGAGCAGAAGGAUGUGACGAGUAGGAGGAAAGAUGGAAGGAGGGGAGGAGGAGGAGGAGAGAUGGAGAAGAAGGAUGUGAAGAGUAGGAGGAAAGAUGGAGGGGGGGAGGAGGAGGAGGAGGAGAGAUGGGGAAGAAGGAUGUGAAGAGUAGGAGGAAAGAUGGAGGGGGGGAAGGAGGAGGAGGGCGUGACGAGGAGUAGCAGACGAGAUGGAGGAGGACAACGACGACAGAAGACGACAAGGACCCCGCCAUUUCAUGUUUCAAAACAGAAGAAAAAAGUAAAAGGCGACGAGGCCGUGACGAGGAGGGGAAGAUACGGAGGACGACGACGACAAGAGAUGGAGGAGGACAAUGAGAGAUGGAGGAAGAGGAGGUGACGAGGGAAGAAAUGGCAGAGAAGGUGAGGAGGAGGAGGAGGAGGAGGACGAGGGGGGGGAGGAGGACGCGAAGAGGGGUGAUUGCCGUUUCGAGUUUGAAAGAGGUCGUGCCGAGGGGAGAUGGAGGUGGAGGAGGAGGAGGAGGAGGAGGAGGAGGAGGGGAGAUGGAGGAGGAGGAGGACGAGGAGGAGGAGAGAUAGAGAAGAAGGAUGCGACGAGGAGGAAAGAUCGACAACGAGGGAUGGAGGAGGAGGACGACCAGAUAUGGAAGAGGAAUGGAAGAGGAGGAGAUACCAACGCCACUUGAAGCUUAUAUAAGAAAACGUGACAAGACCUUGACGAGGGGGAGGGGGAGGGGGAGGAGGAGAGGGGGAGGAAGGUGACGUGGAGGAGGAAGUGACGAAAGAGGAGGAGAAGAGAUGCAGGAGGAGGCGAGGAUGAUGAGAGCUGGAGGAGGAGGUGACAUGGAGGAGGAAGUGACGAGGAGGAGGAGAGAUGGAGGAGGACGCGACGAGAAGGAGGGGAGUUCUACUUUCCAUACUAUGGCAAAAGAAAUAGAGGACGACACCGUGACGAGGAGGAGGAGAGAUACACGAGGUGAACAGGACGAGCUGGAGAAGGAGGAGGAGGAAGACGUGGAGGAGGAGGAGGAGGUGGUGAGUUCGAGGGAGGGAAAGAGGGCUGGUGAAGACUCACCUUCGAGGAUGAUCGAAGUCGGCGAUGGUUGCUCCGGCGCUCGGAUGGUGCGAACGCAGGGGCAUCGCGCUGCUCGUAAAGGGCGACUAACGGCGCUGCUCGUACAGGGCGACUAGCGGCGCUGCUCGUAGAGGGCGACUAAGGUCGCUACUCCCUCGAGGCGACCUGCACCAACGACAGAAAAACGAUCCCCCAAGUCCUUCCAGGCUCGACCUAACAGGACCAACAAGAAACGGGUCCCGAGCCCUUCCAGUUCUUUUUUUUUUUUCCCAUUUCUCGAUUUUAUGCGUGUCACCCUUACGCAGGGGCCAUGCUAAUCUUCUCUGUCCCGUUCCAAUUUUAACGGAUGUCCCAAAGGACGAGCCCUUCCAGUUUCGACCCACAACCAGAAACAAAAGCCAAAUUGCAUC